CGCGCUUUUCUGGUAUCGGGACAAAGUUCGCAGUUCCGCCCCGCACGGUGGUCGGCAGCAGUCCAUCCGAUCUCCUCUUCCUCGCCGGAGGCGGCCGCUCGCUUCUCUGUUGCUUCCUUCCCCCUCCUGUUUUCUUCCUUACGUUGCAUCUCUGAUUGGAAAACAUCGAGAGAGAAAAUGCUCACGAUCGAGAGAGCCGUCCCCACCGUGCUCUCCGACGACCAGGAAGAUUCCAGCGCGCCCCGAGGUUGCGGCCGGAACUGCCUCGGCAAGUGCUGCAUGCUCGUGUCCGAGCUCCCUCUGUACGCCUUCAAAAACGACGCGAGUCCAGAAGUUUCUCCCGGCGCGGAUGAAUUACCAUCCGAUUUUUUUCUGAACACCCUUUUGCUGGGACAGUGGGAAGAUCGGAUGAGCCGAGGGCUGUUCCGCUACGACGUGGCCGCCUGCGAGACCAAGGUGAUCCCCGGAAAGCACGGUUUCGUGGCGUUGCUAAACGAGGGCCGCCACCUGAAGAAAAGGCCCACCGAGUUCCGGGUCGUCGACCGUGUCCUCCAGCCCUUCGACCCUGCGAAAUUCAACUUCACCAAGGUCGGCCAGGAGGAGGUGCUGUUCCGCUUCGAGGCCGGGGGGAAGGAUCACAAAUCGCAGUUCCUGGAGCGCAGCGCCGUUGCAGACGAAACAGAGAGCCCCAGCGUCGUGGCGAUCAACGUGAGCCCCAUCGAAUACGGCCAUGUUUUGCUGGUUCCCCAUGUGCUCGACUGCUUGCCUCAGAGGAUCGAUCCCGAAAGCCUCUCGCUCGCUCUCCACAUGGCCGCCGAAGCAGGAAGUCCCUACUUCAGGGUCGGCUACAAUAGUCUAGGCGCCUUUGCCACCAUUAACCAUCUGCACUUCCAGGCUUACUUCCUAUCGACGCCAUUGCCGGUUGAGAAAGCGCAUGCCCGAAAGAUUCCAAUCGAGAGCAGAGUGAAGUUCUCGAAAUUGGUCGACUACCCUGUGAGGGGCCUCGUUUAUGAAAGAGGAAGAAGCACCUUGAAGGAAUUAUCUGAUACAGUCGCCCGCUCCUGCAUCUGGCUUCAAGAAAACGACAUACCAUUCAAUGUUCUCAUCUCUGACUGUGGCAGGAGGAUCUUCCUCUUCCCCCAGUGCUAUGCCGAGAAACAGGCACUGGGACAAGUCAGCCAGGAGCUAUUAGAUACUCAGGUAAAUCCUGCUGCGUGGGAGAUUAGCGGACACAUGGUCUUAAAGCGGAAGAAAGAUUUUGAACAGGCGUCGGAGGACUACGCAUGGAGACUCCUGGCUGAGGUCUCCCUUUCCGAAGCAAUGUUCGAAGAAGUCGUCAAAGCUUGCAUGCAUGUUUGUGGCCAUGCCAUGGGUUUGGCGGAGUCCGAGGAAAUAGCUGCAGUGGAAAAGAUUGAUCUCCGUAUGAUCAGUCCUCUCCACUAA